CGUAAUGUACGGAACGUACGAUACUUCAUAGUGUUAGGAAGUACAAUUCCGUACGGCAGAGAUCGUUCUCAUCAGAAUUUGGUCAGUUGAUGCACUCGUGCCGAUAGAGAAGGCUUUGAUUGUGCGACAAUCAGAGCAGUGGAAUGUAAGAUAGAGAGUUGUUGGGCACCUAUUAAAAGGCCAGAUCUUCGGUUGUUUUUCGCCGCCGUCGCCGUUACUUUUGCUACCGGCAAAAGCCCACGUUCCAGGAGGGAAGAUCAAACACAAACGUACUUACGUAUACAGUCAGCCAUGGGAUUGUUUCUCUGGUUGAGCGAUUUGCACUUGGAUCCUCUCUAUGGAACUACUUAUGCAGCGUCUCAUCAGAGCGGGGAAAACUGCCGGCUCGCCGGAAACGAAACGCUCCUCCACUACCCUCUGGGGCGGGUCGGAUGCGACUCGCCCCCGUCGCUGCUGGAUUCCUCCCUACGGAGCGCAGCAGGGAACGCAAAGAUCUACCACACGGGGAUUAAUGGAAGUGAGGAAAACAGAUACGAUAGAGGCGAUAAGAGCUCAAUCGAGUUCAUCGUCGUCACGGGAGACUUUUCUCGGCAUUCUAUGGAAAAGGUCCGCGGCAGGGAUCCGAUCGCCUUUGCGGAAUCCGUUCUGUCGUCGUGCAUAGGAUCCAUUGCGUCCGCCUUCCCGGGCGUGCCGAUCGUUCCGGUCCUAGGGAACAACGAUCUCGUUCCCGAUUAUUAUCUAGAUACAACAACAACAAUAGCAACAACGGAUACUGACUAUAAUAGCACUAGCGGUGAAGUAGACGACGAGAAUUAUCUUCCACCAAACAGCAAUCCAAUGUUGGUCAUGGUGCAGAACGGAUUUCAGGAAUCCUUCUUGUCGGACGAGGAAAUUCAAACCUUUGCACGUGGGGGGUACUUUUCUCGGGUAAUCGAGACGGCUAGUGAUCCGCCGUCUUCGAUUCUGAUUUUGUCCCUAAACACGAUCAUCUAUUCCGUGAAGCACGAACCUCACGAACCGACCCUUGUCCCAGAGAGCGAUGGAGAAGAAACCGGCGACGACGAUGAUCCCCUCGGUCAAUUCGAUUGGAUCGAGUCGCAGCUCGAGGCGGCGGCCGCCAACCAUUCGAACAUUAGUGCGGUGUACAUGGUUGGGCACAUCGCGCCAUCGAUCGGGAGCUACCGGCAUUCUGAUUUGUGGCAACAGCGAUACAUAGAUCGCUACUUUUCGAUCUUGAAAGCCUAUACGAGUCGUAGUAGCGCAACUACGAAUGCGGAUUCGCAUCCCCCACCAAUUCUGGGCAAUCUUUAUGGGCACGUCCACACGGAAGAAUUUCGUUUGCUGACCUACCAAGACGAAGACGACGACGACGAGAACAAUAGCAGCAACAGCACACCAGCUCUCGUCCUCCCUUUGCACGUUGCAGCCUCGCUCACGCCCAUUUACGGUGCCAAUCCGAGUUAUCGCAUCGUGGAAUUUGACAACGGUUCGGGAACCCUUCUCGACUACACCACGUAUUAUCUCGAUCUGGAUCGUUUCCCGGUCGAGUCCCCUUCCGAAGGCGACGACAGCCCUUCCGCCAAGAAUGUGUCCUGGACCAAGCUUCCGGGUUUUGCUGAAACCUACGGCGUUCCGGAUUUGUCGGCCGACAGCCUGGAGCGGAUACUCGAAAGACUCGAGGGGGAACUACAGGCUUCGAUACGGGCGGAGGAAAAAGCGGUUGAACUCGGCAGAGAAUUUGCUGCACACACCAAAGACUCAUCCCGGUUGUGGGACAUCUUUCUGAAGCGACAGAUGGUGUAUUCAUCUACACCCGAUGAUGGGGACGACGAGAACAACGGUGAGAUAGACACGAUGAUCGAUUGGUUGUGCACGCUGCGAGCUGUCUCCAAAGAGAGCUAUACUCUCUGUGUCGAAGGAAAACAGUCGGCGGUGGCAGCUGUUACUACCACGGCGCCCAGCGGCGGGGUUCUCUUGUUUCUCUUUGCCGGCAUGGCGAUUGCCAUUUCGGUGGUGUUGGUUCUGGUCCUUUUCGCUGGGAAACAGUUUCGCACGAGGCCCAAACGCAGACACUAUCGUCGGCCGUCGCAGGGGGAACUGCCAACCGACGGAGUGGUGGUUGUCCCGACAAUAACGGGGGCCGCCGCCGGGGAUCCGCCGGAAGUGAAUGCAGGGACCAUUGGUGCUAUCGAAAGGGAAUUGACGUAACAUCAGUGGUAUAAUCGAAAGGGAUCACCGAUCGCCAUGAAGCAUUGAGACCGCCCGAGCACAUACGAUUGUUGAUCAUGAUGUGUGAAUAUCUUCUGUACUUGCGGCAAGAGCUUCUUUUCGUCGUUUCCUAAUGGGCAGACUGUGGAUUGAUUGAUUCCUUCCACCGAGGUGAGUUGCACUUGCUUUUUGAUCCUUGCAACAAUAUCCCCCACCCGAUUUAGAUGAGAUCAAUCCUACAAACUACAGCAUGCUAUCCAUGAUACUAAAAUAAUUGCGGAGAAAAGACAGGAGCUGAAUAAGUGUUAUUCAACCAUGCUGCUCUUCUUUUCUAUGAGAAUGCACUUGACAUCACUCGUGAUUCGGGACCGAUUGUCGGGUUUGGUGGAUUCCACCAAAAAUGGAAUGAACAAAGAUAUAUGGAUGCAAGGAUAAGGUAAAUAUCAGCAAAAAUGCAGUACAGUAAAAGAUUGAAUCAUCAAUGCAAAUGCAGUAUAAUAAAAUACUAGUAGUAAUUUCCUACUCUUCUUACUGCUGCUCCUGCUUGUUACUCAAAGAUAUGAGGAGUAUUCAUAUGAAGUUUGAAAGUGAAAGGAUCAGAUAGUGAUGGGAGGUGUUCAUGUCCAUUAGGUCUUUCAGGUUGUACUACAAUGGUAGUACGUAGUAGUCUUUUUUGUUUUCUUAUGAAGAUAAAGGAUGACAAAAAAC